AUGACAGGCUUAGAAAAGUUGCAAAAAUGUUUACAAGAACUUGACAAGUGCCGCCAAAAUAUAGUGCAAAAGACUAGCUUUGGUGAUGCCGUUAGCGAAGCUCUUAGAUAUAGUCAAGAUAUUGAUCAAAUAGUUCUUAAUAAUAUUGAAGAACAAGAGCUCGGUCUCGCAACCCAGCUGCUAUUUGAUCCUCAAUUUGGAAUUAUCAAAUUUCUUAACGAUACUUCACGAGUAACUGAUUCAACAUUAGCAAAGGCAAAGAUAGCACUUUUAGAAUUUCUUUUUCUUUAUAUCCAAAAGAUUAAGUCUGAUAUUGAACCAUAUACAGAAAGCAUCAAGAAUGUACACUUUGGAAUCCUUAACGUAGAUAGCGAAGCUUUCGUAAAAGCGGCGUCUUUUAAACCGUUGAUGGCGAUUCUUGAUUCAAGUAAAAGAUUUAUUGAUCCUGAAAAAUUCAAUAUUAAGGAUAUAAUUGCACGUUAUCUUGAGAUUUUCUUCGUAAGAAUAAAAAGCACAUCUGGAAUAAAAGCUAAAGCGGGAGCUUUAGAUAUGUUGGGAAUAAUUGCUCAUCGAUUUCCGGAAUAUGUCGAUGAUGAAAAAGACAAAAUUCUUCGUGUUUUUAUAGCUAAUCUGAAAGAGAAAUCUUUAACGGAUGCAGCAUUUACGGGGUUGCAUUCAUUUUUAUUUGCUUAUCCGGAUUCAUUGAAAAAAGUAAAUCAAGAUGCGUAUGUCUUUAAAUGCGUUAUGAAUAGCAUCACAAUAUUUGAAAAUGAAAGAAUGUAUACCGGACUUCAAUACAUAAUUGAUCAUUCAAAUAUAUUUGGGGAAUUUUUCUUACGUGAAUAUAAAGAAAUGUGGCAAUGUUUUUGGAAAUUACGUGUCCAUCGUAAUAAGGAUGUUAGGUACACGACAUUUAAAGCUAUUUGGACUUUUUUGAAACAGAUUGCAAAUGUAUUAAAUUCUGCCACGGAAUUCCAAAAAUUCGAUUGUGUUGAUGUAGGUUUGAUACAAAAACUAUACAAUGCAGAAUAUUUUAUGAUAGUCUUUGAUAAUGUGGCAAGAGAAAGCAAAAAAAUAUCAGAUCAACCGCUAAGUGAAGAGGAACAAGAGCAAAGAAAAAAGGAUUUGUCUAUCGCAGUUCGUGGUGUUGGUUAUUUCGCUGCUUGCGCCAAAAGAUUAGAUAAAGAAGGGAAGUGGAAACCAAUAUUUCAAAAUCUCCUUAAUCCAAAUGAUUGGUCUAUAUCAAAUUUGAAUGAAACUGAAAUCAAGUAUUCGUUGUCACAAGUUCCAUUGUUUAUUGAGGCAUAUUGUUAUAUUGGGCGAGAUGAUGAUGAAAUCUUCCAUCAAUUAAUGGAGACAAUCGAACGUGAAGUGGGAAUAUUGAUGAUUUAUUUUCCGCGAAUGAAUUAUGAUCUGAGGCGUCGUUGUGUUAAUGCUUUUGAACAUUUAUUGUGGAUGUUUUAUCUCAAGGAUAAAGGAAUUAUGCAAAAAUUUGUCUCUAAAUCAUUUUAUCAAAUAUUGAUUCUUACAUGUUCAGAUGCUAUUCAGCUUCAAAGUAAAUCUGACUACCAAAGCGUAAAUUCAGCUGAUAUGAUCGAUGUUGUUGCAGAACAUACAUAUCAAGAAAUGUUCUUUUUUUGGGAAAAUAUAUUUAAAGAUUCAACUUUCUCAUGGAUCAUUGAUCAAAGUGGAUUUUCAAUUGAUGGAAAUCAAUUAUGCAUCAUUCAGUCUGAAUUCUUUUCUAUACUUUAUGAUGAAAUUAUGUCAUCAGUAUUUCGAAUGAUACGGACUUUAAAUUUAGCCAUUACAGAAGUCGCUGGAGAAUCUAUGCUUGAAACAUCUGUAAUGAAAAAUAAUAAUCAAGGAGUUGAUGUCAAUUUGAUAGCUAUAGCAGGUUCUGGUGACCUAGAAAAUCUACAACCAUUGGUUUCUAAAGAUUUCGCCCUUUUUCAUAAUCUUGUCGAUUUUUGGCAAUUGUUUUUGCCUAGAAUAAAAAGUAAUUUAUUUUCAAGAUGGGUCUAUCUUGCUGGAGACACGUUAAUAACAUUUUCUACGCGAUAUCCAUAUGUUAGUGGAUUCUAUAAAAUGUUAGGCUCGUGUCUGACAGUAUGUGAAUCUAUUAACUUUUUUGAGGGUAUAAAGAGAUUUGAUAAUGAGAAUGUUAUGAUGCAAGACUCUCUAGACCAAUUGUCCCCAACAACGUCACCAGCUCAAAGAUCAAGUUAUUUUCUUUUCAUUAAAUUCUUCAAAGAAGUUUCCGCUAAGCUUUCUCAAUAUAAGGAUGAUUUGCUGGAAUCAUGUUUGCGUCUUGUUCUUUCUAUUCCACGUGAACUUAUUAACAUACGUAACCUUAUGUCGCCAAUUUGUAUUGCAUUAAAAAUGGGACUAAGUUAUCAACCUCUCGCGACUAUUGGUAUAAGUGCAAUUGAAAAAUUAGUGGAUUUACAAGGACCUCGGGAUAUUAGUGAAUGGCUGGGACAAAUAUUGCCUCUUUUUAAUGAGUAUUUAUUAGUUAAGGCUGAUUCAAUUGACAAUAAUACUAUUAAAGGAUUCGCACAAAUUCAUAACACACAACGAAAUAAGAGCGGACAUUUUAAGUCACUAGAUCAAACAAGGAAAGACAGAGUCAAAUAUAAAGGACAAAAAAAAUAUGUUAAAACGAUUGUUGGCAUCGGGCAACUAGAAAAAAAUGUUGAAUUACAUGAUUUGCAAGUGCGCAUCCUUCGCUUGUUAGGAAGGCUUGGUGGAGUUAGCAAAUUUGUGUUUGAAGGAAUUGUAAACAAUGAUUUGGCUUAUCGACCAAGUCCUUCAAUUAAUCCAGCUGGAACCAAAGUGUCAAACAAUAAGUUGCUUGCUUGGGAUCCUGAUAAACGCUUGUCAUUUAAGAUUCCAUUUCCCGACAUUAAUGUUGAAAUUCUGUUUGACGAGUUUUUACCGCGUAUAGUGGAACUUGCCGAGUCUGCACCGGAUCGUAAUACAAAGAUCGUUGCCUGUGAAUUACUGCAUUCAAUUAUUAUAGUUAUGGUUGGAAAAAGUGCAUUUAAAGCAGGACCACAGAGUCCAUUUCUUCGCACAUAUCGUUAUAUAUUUCCUGCUCUUUUGAGAUUGGCAAUUGAUACCGACCCCGUCCCACGAAGAAUCUUUCGUCGACUUGUUGCUCAAUUAAUUCAUUGGUAUACAAAUAAUGCACAAUAUGAGAACCCUGAAACAAUUAAAUUAUUACAAUGUUGCCUUGACGCGAUAUGUGAUACAUGGGGCUCACUAAGAGAUUAUGGUGCAGAAUGCUUAAAUGAAUUCUUAAUAUGGUCAAUUAAACAAUCCUCAGCUACGCAAGUAGAGGUGCAUCCGAUGAAUAUGAAAUCUUUAUUGAAACGGUUAUAUAAUUUAUGUGCACAUCCUGAUUAUACAAAACGUCUUGGAGCUUCUCUUGCUAUUAAUCAUAUUUAUCAAGUAUUCCGUGAAGAAGAAUACUUAGUUGAUCAGUUCACCUUUGAACUCUUAUAUUGGAUAUUAGUCAACCUAAGACUUUCCGACAAUGAUCAGUCCGCAAUUGGAACACGUCAACAAGCGAUUUCAGCAAUCCGUCAUCUGAAAAGAAUAAUUAUUGUAAAAUCCAAUUUGUUUUUAAACGAGUCUCCUAUGAGAAGAAAAUUUACCAAUCUUGACAAAUCUGAUUUACCAUCUUUGGUUGAGUGGCUAUUUAUUGAGACAAGUAGGAAAGAACAAGAUUACUCAAGCAUAUGUCGAGAAUUAUUUUACGAAUUCGUGAAGUUGCAUCCGGAUUUUAAAUCCGGCUUCAGAUGGGUUAAAUUUAGACUUGAUAGAAACCCAUCAUUUUUGAAAAAUCUUUAUAAGACUUCAGAACUUUCUCUGUCAAAUAUAUUGCAUAAAGGUUUAACUUCUCCACAAAUAAAAGAUUGGUGCGCACGACUUUUAUCCGUUUUAGCUAAUUACACAUGGCUUAUAAACGUUAGGUUCGUGUCACCUUUAGAUUUAGUUUCGAGUUUUGAUCAAACAUUCAGAGAGGCAAUCAAUUAUUUCUUGGAAAAUUUUGUAAAAGAUAGGGAGGACUUUGUUAAUGAUGCCAUGGAGAUUGAUGACGAGGAUUACUCUGUCAAGAACAUAGAAUCUGAUAGUGUUUUAACGCCUGCAGAGAAAUUGGAAUGGUUAACGCAAAAAAUUCAAGUUAUCAAAUGCUUAAUAGAAUUUACUAUCGUAUUACUCAAAGAAACUGAUCCAAGCAACUUGAGACCUAUAUGGAAUUCAAAUAUCUUUGAAAAGAAAUUUUAUAAACUAUUAGGAAAUUGCAUACUACGUCCUAAUUCCAUUGGAUUAAAUCAAUUAUCAGAUGAUAUGAUCAAACAAAAACUUCUAAUUAAACAAUCGGGAACCUUAUUUGAGUUGUUUAAAAAAUUGUCUGUCGGUAAUGAUCCUCAAUUGAAACAGUUAGCACAAGAACUCGCUGAAAUUGCAUUUUCUGACGAAGUCAAUUUAUUAAGUAUUGAAUUAGAUAAGUCAGAUCCUACAUAUUAUGUCCAAAUUACUGAUGGGUAUUUGGUUCUCAGCUUGUCUGGACUUUUUCCGGAUCUAUUAGAGCACGAAAUGACUUCGCAUAUGAGCACUAGUUCAAAAUUAUAUGACUACAUUUUAGCUAGCUGGAAAAAAUUCAAUGACCUCCGUGAUGUCGUAGAUCCGCUGUGGGUUGUCCUUGUUAAGCAACUAUUAUCAUUUGCUCUUUCUCUUAGUAAAUAUAAUGGUGCAAUCAACCAAUGGCUUCUUAGUGAUAUAAUUGGAUUCCCUAGCAAUAACUCAGAUUUCUAUCAUCAAAAUGGGACGAUUUACUACCAAAAGUUCUCCUCGAUUAUCAAUGAACAUAUUUCAUGCAAUUUUAGAGAAUUUGCUAAUAUCUUUUAUAAAAAUAUUAGUGGGCUCCAGGAACAAAAUACUAUUGCAAUUGAUGUUGCUAUUGUUAAAGAUAUAAUGUUAAAUCUAAUUGAUUAUUUGGCCUCUAAAAAAGAAUCUCAGCAGAAUUUGACGUUUUUAAAUGAUCUAAUUUCAGAGAUCUAUUUUCUUGAGAGAUUCGUUAAAUUAUGUAAUUCUGACCAUAAAUAUUUAUUAAAAUUGUGGAAUGGAUUAUUUAUGUUGGAACCGAAUUUAUUGAAACGAUUUUCACUGGGAGAAUUUGGAGAAUUUCAAAAUUUAUUUCGGAAAAAUUAUGAAUCAUUCCUUGAUAGACAAGUUGACCUUGAGUUCAAGAAUGAAGUUUUGGAUCUUUUAACUUUUUACUUAAAAUCGGAUUUGCCAAAAGAAAAGAUUGAAAGCUCUAUUGAAUUCAUCCUUUAUCAACAAAUACCUACUGAUUCUAAGGACUAUUCGAAGUUUGGAACUAAAAAACUAAAUGAAUAUUUGUCGGUUCUUGAUAAAAUGCUUAAGACGAUAGUGAGAUCCGGAAGCGUGAGCUUAUUUAAAAUAUUGAUUCCCACGUUUUGUCGUGAGAGUGAUCAUGUAUAUGGAGAAGAAUUUCAGCAACAAAUUAGUAAAUUUUUGUCAAAGCUUUCUCGUUCCAAAUAUGUUGAUACAAUGGAUAUAGCUUACGGAUAUUUCACGAACCCAACAUACAUUAGCUUCCAACGAAAUAUUAUUGAGAUGAUUUUAUCCCCUCCUUUGCUGGAAGGUCCAAAGAUUUUUGUAUUGGAUUUUUAUAAGAAACAUAUUAAUGAAAUCAUCAAUCUUCUUGAGCAUGAUAAAUAUCCAAGAAAUGUUGAGGAAAAAGUUUAUGAUGAUAUAUAUUCUGAAAAUGGCGAAAUCGUUCAAGCUUAUUGUCAAGGAAGACCAUUAAAAGCGAAGGAAUUGACGAGAAAAGUGAUGGAAAAGGCACAUAGGAUUAAGUCACAAGCAGAUAAAGACAAUUCCGGUAAUAAAUUAGUAUCCGAAGCUAAUUUGCAUUACCGUUGUGAGGCAUAUAAUGCUUUGGCAGCUGCAAUUUUAUGUACACAAAAUAACCCAGUUUAUUAUAAAGCUUUCUUGUUUUCUGAAAAUCUUUCAAAGGGCGAAUUAUUAUGGGAAAAUAUUAUUGAUAUUGAGACAAGUUAUCAAAUAAAUGUUGAUAUAAAUCAACCAUUGUCUAGGAUAAAGGUUGAUGAUUUUAGAUCUAAGUCCGGAGGAUCUUUGAAGUCGAACGGUUUGAAGAAUCUUGCAUCACAAUAUUUGAUGGAUUCCAGCAUAACACAAAGUGGUGCUUUCCUUAAUGGAUUACCUAAUGAUACCAAAGAUAGCGAAUCCGAAAACGAAUACUCAGGCCUAAUGCAAAUGGAUAUUGAUAAACCAGAUGAAAAUAAUUCGAAUUCUGAGGCACGUAGAUUAGAUGUUGAUGAUUUCAAUCGCCACCCUUGUAUGAAAAUGAUUAUUAGAGUUAUAGAUCGGCUUCAUAAUCAAUUAACAAAGUCAACAGGUCCCGAUGACCAAAUGCCUGGGUGGAUGAACGAUAUGUACAAAAAAUUUACAAAUAUAGGAAAUGAAAUUAAGGAAACAGAUACGCAUAUAAAUAUCCGCUUAUUUAUUGCUAAAAUUAUAGUCAAUAUUCCGGAGGCAUUUGAAAAGUAUUCCUCUUUAUGGAUUCGUCCCAUUAUGAAAUUAAUAAUCGAAGGCAAUGUAUAUGGCGAAGGAAUUAAUUAUUACAUUCAGGAUUUAUGUGCAAUCGUCACCGUCUGGGGCUCUUUGGUUAAAUUAGAAUCUUAUCAAGAUAAAGUUCUAAUAUAUGAACUGAUGGUGUUUUUGAUGAAAAAUUCGUACGAUAAAUCACGCGUUAUCGUUAGAAAUAACAUUUUAACCAUUAAAAGAUUAUUUGAAACUUGGAGUGAAUUAAUUGUUGUACCUACGCGCAUUAUUCAUGAACUCAUCAGUGAUCCUACAAGAAAUAGCGAAAAAGUUUACACAGGGUUACAAUUAUUAGGGAUAGUUUUAGCACAUAACAAACCCUUAUUUCAAGAUGAAGUUGGACUUGACUUGGAUGGAUUAACUUCUGAUAAAUUUUAUGUGGAUUUAAUCAAUUUACUAGAUGGCUUUAAGCAAAGUAUUCGUGCGUUAGCUGCUGAGGUUUGUGGUUUGGCUAUUAAAAAUUUGAGAAAAUUUCAUUGUUCAGAUGCUCUAUCAGUUUUAUUGAAUCCAAUGUUUCAAAAAAUAUCUGGAAUGUAUCGACAAGUUUCAUUCAAUGCGUCUGUAUCUGAUAUGGAAAACUUCCUUAUUGUUAUUCAUCAUAUGUCGAUACACGACGUUGAUGUCGCUGUUAAAUUUUUGAAAUACGUCUUUGGAAUCCUGCCAAAAUUAGAAAAUAAAAAGAUAUUGGCAUUAGAAAUAAUUUCAUUUUGUGCCGGUCAUGAUCGGGAUCUGUUUACGAAUUUACAAAGCGAUCGACUUCUAGGAUUUUUAAAGCACAGAGACGAAAAUGAGCAAUUACUUGCCUUGAGAAUAUUAUCGGGUAUACUUCAUGAUGUUGAUAAUUCAACAUUUGAUUAUUACUUGGAUAAUUUAAUUGAAAGUUUCCAAGACCAUCCUAAUAAUGAUUGUCGAAAAAUUUACUAUACAAUAUUGGUCAAAAUGUAUAAUAAAAUUAAUGGAAUUAAUGACAAAGAAAAAGAAACAAAACAAAAGUUGAAAAUAAACCUUUUGCGAGGAUUAGUUGAUACAGAUGAAUCGAUUCAGCAGGCAUUAAUUGAAUUUUGGCACGUACAAGAAGAACUUUCACGUGAUACAUUCACGAAAUUAAAAGAGCUUAUUGGGUUUGUGUUAAUAAAUUUUGCUAUUAAAAACAAGGUAGAUACUUACUUAAUCUUGAAUAUGACUAGAAAUCUUUAUUCUACCGAAGCCGAGAAUUUAUUCCUCAACUACGCUUGUUACUUAUUACUUGAAGGAUCCAAGAAAAGCAUUGAUUAUAAAAAACCUAUAUUUAACCAACCAUUGCCACAAUCCAAAUUUGAUGAGAAUUAUGAUGAUAUUGAUACUUCAUGGCGAGUGAAUAACACAAUGACUCCUUUGUUUGUAAAUUCGCAAAAAAAUAAACCAAAGAAUUCGUCUCAAGAUGAAAAUGCAGAACUUGGCUCUCAAGUUGCUGGCUACUCUUUGACACAGUCAAAUUUAUUAUUUUCACAGCAAAAUUUUCCAAAUAUGGAUAAAGACGAUAUACAAAAAUCAAUACGAAGUUCGGAAUAUCAAAGAUUUAGUCAACGAUCUUUCGAAACAUAUUCCCAACGCGAUUUUAAACAAAAAAUACGAACAGAAAAAAAGCAAGCUGAAAUAUAUAAAACUAGUCAGCAUGGCAUAUUCACAAAGAAUAUUUCACUGUUACGUAAAUAUCGAGUUGGUGAACUUCCUGAUAUCGAAAUUAGUCACGGAGAUCUAAUUAAUCCGUUACAAGCAUUAGCACAGCGAGAUUUGGGUUUAUCUCGGAUGUUGUUCACGUCUCUAUUUGUUUCAAUAUAUAAUCAAAUUGAUAAUAAUAAUAUGCAGUUAGAUGAAAUGAUUAAUGAAUACAAAAAAGACAUAGCUCAACAUAUUCAAGAUAUAUUUAGCAAAUCCACUAUGAACUUCCCACCCUUUAUUGGAAGUUGUUUAAGAAUCUGUUAUGAAGUCGGCGAUAUCGAAAUAGAACCGAAUACGAUUCGUAAAGUAUGUAAUUUAAGUUCAACGGAAUCGCUGGGAAUUAUUUUAAUAGAGCGGCAGCUAUUAUACACUUCCACAGAAAGAGAAUCCAAAAGGUCACGUACUACAAAUUCUAGCCUUGUUGCUUCAAGCAAAAGGCCUUGGAUUGAAUUGAGUCAUUUAUAUAAAUCCAUUGAUGGUCAUGAUGUUUACAAGAGCAUUUAUGAAAGCAAAAUAGCUAUAAGUGAACUUACAAAGGAUGCUCUUAACGCAGAGCUUUUGGGAGAUUAUGCCUUAGCGUGUAGUUAUUAUCUUGAAGCGUUGAAGAGUGAAGCUGAAGUUGAUGAUAUAGAGGUCGCUUUGUGGGAAGAAAGACGUUUUGAUUGUCUUGAAAAGCUGUGUCAAUGGGAUGAUUUGGCAAAGACCGUUCUUGUUGAUAUUGAAGACAAUUUAAGCAACUUAUGGGAUGAUGAAUUACAGGAGAUAUAUCUACAAUAUUUUAUCCAUAGCUUCUUUAAAUUAGCUCAUAGUGACGAACAUAAUGAAUAUCGGCAGCUUUUUUUCGAUUUUAUUAAUAGUACUAUGAAUAAUCAAUAUCAAAAAUCCUUACUAACAGCGCAAUAUCCUAUUGAACUUGCACUGAGCUCACUAACAAAAAAGGAUUUGGAACAAGCACGAUUGUAUGUUCGAAAAUCAUUUGAUGAUUUCUUAUUUACAUGGUCUACUUUACAUCCAUUGGCAAUCGGUACUCGAUUGGGUAAAUUGAGCUCUUUACAACAGACUGUAGAAAUCGAAGAAUAUUUGAAUCUUCAUCAGUCUUCUGAAAGGAAUCAAACUUGGAACACAAUUAUCUCGCGUUGGAUGAGGAGAUUUCCUUCAAAAACACUUGAUUCCUCCAAUAUAUGGGAUGAUAUCGUGACAACCCGUCAAUCUAUUCUCAAUGAAAUGGCUGAUUGGUUAAGAGUAAAUAACUUUCAUAGAAUGAAAGUUUCAUUAGAGAGCCAAAAUUUGUUAAAAAUGUCAUCAGCCGCGCGAAAACAAAGAAACUUUGAGGUUUCUCGAGUCUGUUUAAAUAAAGUAAGAAAUUCGAGACUUAUCGACGAGGAGAAGUUGACUUAUUGUCAGUUUAAAUUGAACCUUCGCGAAGCUCAAAAUGCAAUCGAUACUGAAAAGAAAGCAGAAAUAUUAUUGGCGUUAUCUGAGGAAUUUAAAAAAAUCAAGAUUUCAGAUUCUAAGGAUGAAAUAAAAAUGAGAAUCAUAGAAGGCGAAACAUACGGACUUAUAAUUGCAGAGUUAGAUAAGAGAUUUCUUAAUAGAAACUUGUCCAAAGUUAAAAGUAAAAGAAAUUAUUUUAUUGAGCGAGGAUAUAAUCUUUUUAAUGACGCAACCAAGGAUUAUGUAUUACAGUCAAAGCCAUCAAUACAUUCUAAAGUCCUUGUCAAGUUUGCUAAAUUUUGCGAUUACUUUUUGCGUAAACUUGAAUCUACCGAGGAGAAAAUGCAAACUAUAUUUGAUCGUACUCAAUAUGCUUCUAAUGUCGAAUCUAUUAAUUCCGUAUGGAAAUUUAUUCGAUGGAUUCCUCAAAUUGUUGCGAUCUUAGAUCAACCUAUCGCUCGUUGUGUUUUUCCAAUAUUAUUCAAGCUUGCGGAAGAACUCCCCGGAAGUUUGUAUUAUCCGGUCACAAUCAGCAGUGAAUAUUAUAAAUUUGAUGAAAGUACACAAUUAGCUCGAGAAAAUAAGAUUAAAGUUCAAGAAUUGAAGCAAAAGAUAAAAUGCAAUGUUACUGAUUUAUUUGUAAAUGAGCUUCAUAGACUCACUGAUUCUGAAUUACAUUUCCAUAAUUGGGCACGUUCAGUUUUUAAUUUGAUUAAGGCGAAUGCAGGUGGUAAUAAAACCGCAGAAAUAAAGGCUUCUUUCCAAGAAAUGAGCGCAUUUUUAUUAAAUCCUAAUCCUCAUCAUGGAAGAUUUGAUAUCCUUUAA